CUCCCGUCCCGGCGCGGACCGCGGCCACUGCAGCGCCCCCUGGGGGCCGAGGCCGGGGCGGGGUCUCGGUCCCUCCGCGGAAGGACCGGGCCGGCCCGGACGAGGCAGGACUCGCCGUUCGGCCCCGCGCUCCCCGAGCCAUGGCGCCGGCCCUGUGGCGGGCCUGCAACGGGCUCAUGGCCGCCUUCUUCGCGCUGGCGGCUUUCGUGCAGGUAAAUGACCCAGAUGCAGAGCUGUGGGUGGUGGUGUACACAAUACCUGCAGUACUGACCCUGCUUGUUGGACUUAACCCUCAAGUCACAGGUAUAAGCCUUUCUAAAGUAAUUUAUGAAUCAUGGUCAGACUUGAAACUAUGCCAUAGAUGCCAUAGAUAUUGGGGGAGAGUCACCCAAUCAGAAUGCACUAUCAAGUGGUCAUGGAGACAACGGGAUGAUAUGCAUCUCACUUGUAGCCACUUCCAAAAUCUGAAAUGUAUGCCAUUUUAUAGGGAGCUGUCUGGUCUGGUGAUUAUUACAGCGUGGAUGAUCCUGUGCUGCAGUUCCUCAAAGAACCCAGCUGGUGGAAGAAUUCAAUUGGCUAUUGCCAUUGCAAUCACACUUUUCCCAUUUAUCUCAUGGGUCUACAUAUAUGUUAACGAGGAAAUGCGGUCCUCCUGGCCAACUCAUUGCAAGACAGUACUUUAAAUAAAUUCAAGAAUUUCAUUUUUAAAA